AUGGAGCAGCUGGAGAAGGCGAAGAAAACGUUCGCCGCUGGGGAAGGGUGCACAAACCAAAUGGACAUCUGUUUCCUAAUCGAUGCGUCUGGCAGUAUCGGAACCGAUAACUUCCAGCAGGUGCAGAAGUACCUGCACAGUUUCUUUUCGGUGUUACCUAUUGGUGACCGAGAGGUGAACACGGCGCUUGUAACUUUCUCGGGUAUAGCUCACCGUAUUUGGGAUUUGAGGUCUGCAAACGCCACUGACAAGGAUAAAGCGAUGGAAGCUGUCUUGCGCCUUCCGUACGAUAUGGGUACCACCAACACAGCCGAUGGACUGAGAGUAUGCCGCGAGGCAUUAUUUACCACUGGACGCACGAAUCGCAAGAAUGUCACCAAGGUCGUGAUACUGAUGACUGACGGCGACUCGAAUGUCCCUCACAAGACAGAGAAGGAAGCGAAGAGGCUUCGUGAGAUGGGCGCUUUCAUUACAGUUCUCGCUGUUGGCCACUACAUCAACCAUUCGGAGUGCCGAAGGCUGUGCGGGUGCUACCAUGACUCAGAAGACUGCUCGCUGUACUUGAGAACUGGCUGGGGGCAACUGAUGAGCGCAAUACAACCUAUGCUCACGGAAGUUUGCAAGAAGUUGCCAAAGGACGCCGUUUGCUCGGAUUGGUCGGAGUGGAGUCCUUGCAGUGUUACAUGCGGAACCGGCAGCCAGACCCGGGAACGCGACCAGCUCUCCAACCCUGAACCUGGGACGCCAACAUGCGACGGAUGCGACGCUCCGUUGGGGAGGACCUGCGAAGCCCAAGGGGGUCUUAAGGAAAGCCGUGCUUGUGAUAAGGAAGUGUGCCCUGUUAACGCGGGGUGUGGGGAGUGGGGAGAAUGGUCACCGUGGAGUUCGUCUUGCGGAGCCGCAACAAGGAGGAGAGAACGGACGCGCUAUAAUAACCCGCCCCCUGUCGGAAAAGGCUUGUUAUGCAAUCAGCAGAUACCGCCACGUGAGAAAGAGGAAGUCCAGGCAACGCAGUUGGCUGCGUGCGUAAUCACGCCACCGGCGCCGCCUGAGUGGGGUGCAUGGUCUAUGUGUACCGUCACGUGCGGGGGCGGAACAAGGUACAGGGUGAGAGACGGACUGCGGGCCGGACUUGUCGUGGUCGAGGAGGGCUCUAAACCUCGCCUAGUCGGAACCAAUCCGUGGCCACAGUUCGACUUGUUCACGACUGAGACGUGCAACACUAAUGAGUGUCCAGUCGAUGCGACGUGCGGGGACUUUGGGCCGUGGAGCGAGUGCUCAGCGACGUGCGGCGGCGGAGUGUCACGGAGAACGAGAUCCCCCUGGAACGAUGAUGCGAAACAUGGGGGAAAGACUUGCUGGCAGCAGUACAAGGACGGACCAACUGAAACAAUGCAGUGUGGUAUGCAGAACUGCCCAGUGGAUGAGAAACCAGGAGAGUGGCAAGAAUGGGGCCCCUGUGAUGUCACAUGCGGCUCUGGAAAGCAAACGCGACGGCGCGGCAACAGCAUUCUGGAAGCUCAAUACGGUGGCAGAACUAUCAGCAAACAGAACGAGACCCUCCCUGAGGGCCAGAAGAUCCUCCUCGAAGAGACUACGGUUUGCCAUCUUCCUCCAUGCGGCGGGUUGUGCACCUACCCUUGGAGCGAGUGGAGUAGUUGCCAGGGUUGCGACCACGGCAGAGGCUUUCAGCGCAGGGAGACAGCUGUCAAGUACGACUACCAGAAUGGCAAGUGUGAGCAACCGACUUCGGAGUCGCAGCCGUGCUCUUGUGGGGGCCCAACGCCCGUACCACUGCCACCUGCAUCAGAGGAAGCAGAGGUCGGAAUCCCAUCACCAGAAAGGGAGGGAGAUGAAGAAACCUACCCCAGUGGAGGAGAGGGUCCACGCGGUGGAGGCGUGGGUGAAAUCAGUGGAGGUGUGGGUGAAAUCAGUGGAGGCGUGGGUGAAACCAGUGGAGGCGUGGGUGAAACCAAUGGAGGCAUGGGUGAAACCAAUGGAGGCAUGGGUGAAACCAAUGGAGGCAUGGGUGAAACCAGUGGAGGCAUGGGUGAAACUAGUGGAGGCGUGGGUGAAACCAAUGGAGGCAUGGGUGAAACGAGUGGAGGCAUGGGUGAAACCAAUGGAGGCAUGGGUGAAACGAGUGGAGGCGUGGGUGAAACCAGUGGAGGCAUGGGUGAAACGAGUGGAGGCAUGGGUGAAAUCAGUGGAGGCAUGGGUGAAACCAGUGGAGGCAUGGGUGAAACCAGUGGAGGCGCGGGGGGAACCGGUGAAGAAGGAACUCCCGGAGUUAUUGGAGGAGGUCUUGGCGAACACGAGGACAUUGCCGGCGAAGGGACACCUGGUGAAACAGAAGCAACACUUGAAGAAGGUGCACCAGGGACGUCCGGGACUGAAGGCCCACCAGGGCCGGAAAUUUCUGAAGGAGACAACGUCGAGACAACCACGAGCACCGAAGAGCCUAAGAAUGAAUCGGAAGGUGGAGGACCUGCAGCGAUUGCCGGUGGCGUUAUCGGUGGUGUGGCACUGCUGGCAGCAGCGGGGGGCGGAGCCUAUUACUUCCUUGGGAGCAGCGGGGCAGAAGCCGUGUCCGCAGUAGCGGAUAUGGAAUUCGAUACAGAGGGGGGGACCAGAGUGACAAUGGAAGAAGAGAAAGAAGCUAUGGUGCACGUCGACGACGAAUCGGGCAUGUGGGCAGAUGAUCAUUGA